AUGCUUCCACGUGUCCGCCUUGUUCUGCUGCUGCUGAGCGUGCUGGCCGCCAAUGUGCUAGCCGCCUAUGGUCCUAAAGACUCGGUAGUAACUCUCACGGACAAAAACUUUGAGAAAGAGGUGCUACAGAGUAACGAUUAUUGGCUCGUCGAGUUCUACGCUCCUUGGUGUGGACACUGUAAACAAUUGGAGCCGGAGUACAAGACCGCGGCGAAGAAGCUGAAGAAACACGCGCGUUUGGGUGCUGUAGAUGCCACGGUGCACCAGCAAUUGGCCCAAAAGUACCAGGUCAAAGGCUAUCCGACAAUCAAGGAGUUCGGGGCUAAAAAGAAACGUCCUCAGGACUAUCGUGGUGGACGUACUGCGAGGGAAAUUGUCGCAUACGUGAAGAACUCGCCCGAGGCAAAGAAACUUGGGGUUAGUAGCGCUAACGUCGUGACGCUCGAGCAUGACAAGGUUUACACAUUCUUGAACAAGGAUCUACCUUCGGCUAUAUUCUUCGGCAGUCCAACGAAGGGUAAGAAGAGGUCCAAGGCGCCAACAUGGCUGGGCGACGUAGCGGAGUCGUUUAUGGAGGGCAAGAAAAAGAAAAAGAGUCCCACAGUUCAACUGGCCUUCGUGCCAGGAUCAGAUGACAAGAUCGCCAACCACUUUGGACUUAGUUUAGACCAGCUUCCCACCGUCAUCUACGUUUAUUCAGCCAGUCAGAAGUACAUUGUGUCGGAUGUAAGCAACCUGAACGAAGCUACGGCCAAGAAGUUUAUUGGUGACGCGCUGGCGAAAACUGAGUCAACGGAGAAGGAUGAAUCGCUGCCUAGCGUGCCUCUGUUCCCAUCACCCGAAGUGGCCAAAAAGAAACCCGCGGUCGCAUUGAAGGAGCUGGAUACAAACACUAUUCGUGAUUGUGUGGCUAAGCGAAACAAGAUGUGCGUCGUCGUGACCAAGGACGACACAGAAUUGGUGCGCUCGUUGGCUAAGAAAUAUCGCCACGACCCGUUCACUUUCUUGUUUAGCAAGCCGGAUGGGCAGGUCUUCCAAGCUUUGGCCAAUUUUAUCGGCGAAGAGAAUGCGGAGGUGGUUGUCCUCAGGGCUGGUCGCACCAUGAAGUAUAUGGCCCUGUCAGGCACAAACGACAAAAGCACCAUCUCGGGGUUCCUAGACAGGCUCAUUGAUGGCUCGAGUCCGUUUUUGGUGCCGAGCGGAGAGAUGGAAACUUUUGUAGCCGCGGUGGCCGCCUUGUCAGCCAAACACGAAGAGUUGUAG